UCUGCCUGUAACUGAUAACAGAUAAAACAUGUAAUCGAAUCUUCACGUGAAAUAAUCAGUAUUCUCCUUUAAUCCAUAAAAGAUUUCUAACAAAUAAUCAGUAAACUUCGGAAGAGAACAGAAGAGAUCAAAAUGUCAGUACUCGACUUCUUAUAUGCUCUCUUCAUUUAUGCCCGUGGUUUCAUUUUCGGGCGGAAAUGUCACAGCACCGCUCGACUGAAUGGUAAGACAGUCAUCGUCACCGGAGGAAACACUGGCAUUGGCAAAGAAACAGUACUGGAUCUCGCCUCAAGGGGUGCCAAAGUCAUCCUCGCUUGCAGAGACGUCCAGAAAGGAUAUGAAGCUGUGAAGGACAUCUCUGAUAAAAUACGGAAGCCCAAUUUGGUUGUAAAGCGCCUCGAUCUUGCCUCUUUCGCUUCCAUCAAGAGUUUCGCUCAAAACGUGCUCGAAAACGAACCUUACAUACACAUACUGAUCAACAAUGCAGCUGUGGGAAUAUGUCCCAAGUCCUUGACAGAGGAUGGGUACGAAUUGCAGUUUGGUGUCAACCAUCUGGGUCACUUCCUCCUCACACAUCUCCUGUUGGACAGAAUAAAAGCUUCUGCACCAGCGAGAAUCAUCAACGUCUCCUCAAUUGGUCACAUAGGUGGCCAUAUUGAUUUCAGCGACAUAAAUUUAAAUUCUAAUUAUCAUCCUGCUUCAGCUUAUUUUCGAAGCAAACUAGCUAAUGUGCUUUUCACACGAGAACUGGCUAAAAGGCUUAAAGGUACGGGAGUGACGACGUAUUGCUUGCAUCCCGGAGCCGUUUACACAGGUCUCGGUCGACACAUAGAGUAUUCAAUGAGCAAAUUCAGCGGGUGGCUGUACGAUAUGUAUGGUCGUCUACUUUUCAAGAGUCCCAUGAUAGGAGCCCAGACCACUAUUUACUGCGCAGUCGAAGAAAAACUAGCAAAUGAAUCGGGCCAUUAUUAUUGUGACUGCACAGUUAUCAGUGCUUCUUCGAAAGCUCAAGACGACAAACUGGCCAGGAAACUGUGGGACGUCAGCGAAGAUCUCAUUGCCAAGGCACUGUGAUAUUUAAAAAAAAGUUUCAUGAAAAUUAUUUUGUAUAUGAUUGCAUUUUCCACACUAAAAAAACCCAUUUCUAAUAAAGUACAAAAAAAAAAAAAAAAAAAAAGGUUAUUACUUUUAAGAGUUUUAAGAGCAUGAGAAACUAAUUUUAUGAUGUUAUAAUAUACAGUAGAAAGUUCAUUUAUCAAUGAAUGUUCAUUUACAAUAAUUAUAUGUAUUUUGUGAUCCUGAUAUUCACCUACAAAUUUGCAGGAUGACGUUAUGACAAACAAAAUUUGCGGUAGAACCUGAUUAGAGUGAUCCUUGCACAAAGGGAUAUGUGGAUACGUUUUGCACUCACAAACAGGCCGGGUGACCCAAAAAUGACUGACGGAUUUUAAAAAUAAAUGAAAAGAAAGACGGAUUGUGAUAUAAAUGUAUCGUUUGAGGCCUCGUUUUUUUUUUUUUCGUCUAUUAUCGUUUCAUUUUUUAUCGUUUACGUUUGAGAAAUCAGGCAAUUUUUAUGCCACUAAUUUACAAAUUUAAUUAACAUUAUCACUGACAUGUGGCGUUGAAAGCAGGUAUAGUUGAAACAAGGUACAAGGUUGAAACAAGAUAUCGCUCUCUCUCUCUGUAUAUAUAUAUAU